AUGACAUCUGAUCUAAUGGAGGUGGACUCGGCCCAUACACCGGAUGUUUAUAGCGCAAGCAAGGACAACGUUGACAAGUUUGUCGAUCUGCUUCGCCAGGUCUCCAAGACUACUAUAACAUUGGACUCCCGCUAUGUGUGGAAGUCUCUUCGCGAGCUAAUGUCUUUGCGCAAGGAGCUGCAGCAGCAGACCCUCACCAUCCUUAUCACGCUCCUAUAUCCGGACGACUCGGCAUUCAAGGUGCCAUUGCUUCGUGUGGUGAACCAGAACCUCAAAAGCAGCGUCGAGGAUGCGGAGGCAUUCAGGGCCAAGUACCCCGCAGACUUUUAUCAGCUGACUGCUGACGGCAAGAUUGACCUGUCGGCUGAGCUCAAUUCGUUUAUGCACCUGCUAGUGCAGCUCUAUCUACUGGACUCUGGGCAGGUCGAGGCGCUGGAAAGCUUCAAUCUGAAGACGGUCAUUCCAGGCGUGCUGCAUUACUACAACAACCGUUCCUUAGACCUGAUCAAUGCCAAGCUGUGGUUCUACAUUGCGCGCGCCCACGAGAUCCUGGGUAACAAGUUUGAUCAUACCAUACGUAUGGAUAUGAUGAAGUUCUUGAGGACUGCCACCCUAAAGUACGACAAUGAGACCAAGGCGAUGCUAAUAACCCUCAUCUUGCGUAACUUCCUCCAGUCUGGCGAUGUUGAGAUUGCCUCGGAUUUCAUUAGCAAGGUGGAGUUCCCCUGUGACCAAGGCGUAUCCAGUCCGCUUGAGGCAAGAUACUACUUUUAUCUCUCUAAGAUCAAUGCCAUCCAGCUCGAUUACUCAAGCGCGAACGAAUAUGUCAUUGCCGCUAUCAAGAAGGCUCCUAACUCACCCAGCAGUCUUGGCUUUUUGCAACAGGCAAACAAGUUGCACUGCGUUAUCCAGUUGUUAAUGGGCGAUAUCCCUGAGCUUUCCUUCUUCCACCAGAAGGGGAUGGAGGCCACACUAACUCCAUAUUUUCAUCUCUCCAAAGCAGUUAAGCUGGGGGACCUCAAGAAAUUCACAGCUACCAUAUCAAAGUACAAGGUCCAGCUUCUGGAGGACGGUAAUUACCAGCUCUGUGUUCGUCUUCGCUCAAACGUCAUAAAGACUGGUAUCCGGAUUAUAUCUUUGACCUAUAAGAAGAUCUCCCUGAAGGAUAUAUGCUUGCGCCUGCAUCUGGACUCCGAACAAACGGUAGAGUAUAUGGUGUCUCGCGCUAUUAGGGAUGGUGUAAUCGAGGCUAAGAUUAACCACGAGGGCGGUUACAUCGAGACAAGUGAGCUACUUAAUGUAUAUGCCACGAUGCAGCCGCAGCAAGCCUUUGACGACAGGAUCAAUUUUGUCAACCAGCUGCAUGACGAGUGUGUCAUGGCCAUGAGAUACCCCGGUUCGCGAGAGAAGAAGAAAAAUGUUAAGACGGACGAUCAUGAAGGCGAAAUAGAUCCUGAUAUAAUGGAUCUUUCUGACUAUGGCUCUGAUAUUGAGGACUUAAUCUAG